AUGAAAAACUCCUCACCACCACCACUAUCGCCACUUUCGUCAGACUACGACUACACUCUAGACAACGAUGUCACCACUGCGAACGACUCUGCCGCCAACAAACUCCCACCAGAGAUCCUUGAACGCAUUCUGCACCAUGUCACCAUCGCCUCCCUACCCUCCUGCUGUCUCGUCAACAAGCUCUGGUCGCUAUGCGGACGCCCCUUCUUGUGGAGGAGUAUCUCCCCGCAGGAUGUCAACGACGAGGACUUUAUUGCCCAGUUUGCCAACAACUAUCAGAACGUCCGGGACUUGAAGGUUUGUGUGCCUUGCGACUCGGCCGUCCACCAGGAGCUUCUCAGGCCUUCUCCCUCCGAAUCCAAUACAACCGCAACAAGAGCAGCAACAGCAGCAAAGCAAGCGCCUCCUUCAGGAGAGGGCGACGAUGACGACAGCAACAAGCCGACCAUCACUGCGACUAAGACCCUUCUCGACUGCCGGCGACUCACAAACCUUCGCCUCCACUACAGUGUGAGCCUAAUCCAUACCCUGCCUCACUUUCGGGACUCCCCGCACCGCCCCAGCGUUGCGCCAGCCAUCCGGCUGAUGAUCAAAUCUGCAGAAAAGAUCAUCGAGAACAAUGUUGCUACUCUUCGGAAUUUCCAAGUCAUGGGUCUUUGCUUCCCAGUCAGUGAACCUAUCCUGAAGCUGAUUGAGAAGAUGCCGCAACUGGAGACGCUAUCGUUCCUAAAGUGGGUCGACUAUGAGGGUGAAGAGUUCUUCCGCAUGAUGGUCUCAGCCUCGUCUACGCUUGAGGAGCUGUCUAUUGAGAUGACGGAUGUUACGGUCAGCUAUUCUACCAUUGUGCUUCUCUAUGGAUGGAGGCAUGUCUAUGACGAGCACCAGAAGUGCCUUUUGGCCACCGGCAACAUUUCCUCCGCAACUCUGGGACAGUCUAGAACAGGAUCUUCAACAAGAUCGUCAGCGGAGGCAGCAGAAGGAUCACAGGCACCGGUGGCCGAAGGAGGGGAGGCUGACCAAAACGAGGAUGAGGACUGGAUCCCAGGAACGCGGACGACACCCAGUUUUGCCGUCAUGUCCGCCAAGACAGUCGCAGGAACGAAACCCCUUGACAGGUUGACCAACAUCAAGUCCCUGAGCCUGGAUCGGUCGACUCUCAACACCCAAUUCUUGCUUAGACUUGCUGCGGUGAUGCCUGCGCUGAAGGCGCUGUCUCUAAAGCAGAUCUACGGGAUCGGGAACGAUGAUGACAUGUUGUGGGACAUGGAGACAGAAUCCCUUGCAUCGGACGAUAUGGACAUACCGGCUGACAUUUUUGGUGGAUUCCAAGCCUUGGGAGAGAACCCCUUUGGCCAAGCUGCCGGACCUGCAGGAUUAGCAUGGGACUCUGAAGGUGGAUCUGGAGCCGAGGAGGAACCUAACGAUUUGCCUGAUCUUAUCCCAGCACUCGACGGACAUAACAACGGAGGCGCUGGCGAGGAGUCUGAGGGAGAUACUGACGACGACAUGCCGGACCUUGCAUUAAUGGAGGAGGAUUCCGAUGACGACUUGCCAGACCUGGAGCCCGUGACCAGUCCUUUGCAUGUUGUCAACCCUGACGCGGGAACUCCGUCAGCGCAGAGUCAACAGCCAGCAGGAAGCAUCCACUCACCGCACGCACUGGACGAGGACGAGAUGGACUAUGAUGAUGCUUACGAGGACGGCUUUAUAUAUGACCCUUACGACGACUACAGCGAGGGCUACAGCGAGGAUGAGGUCGAUUAUGAAGACGACAUCUGGGGCUACGGCGGCGGCGGCGCACAUUACAUUCAUCCGAUGGCGACCAUGGGCAGCAUCUUUGCGCAGCAUGUCCCGCCACCUAUGCCACACUCGAGCACCCAAGGGGCCACGGCUCUAUCCAAGGCCUUCAGGACUCUUCACCCACUUUGCCCCAAGAUCGACACUUUCGAUUUUUCAGGAAGCCGCUCAGAGGCCUUGAACGAGACUUUCUUUGAUACCAUCUGUGAGCUCUGGGGUACUGGAUCGGACGCGGACGCGAACUCUGCGUCUUGUGAGCCUCAGUCGACACAUAGGGGACUUAAGGUUCUAAAUGCAGCAGAUGUGUGCAAGGUCGGGGCCAAGUUCUUCUCGUCGAUCAGCCAGCGCUGUAGUGCCACCUUGACCAGUUUGGAUCUGUCGUUGAGCUCCAAGAUGAUGUGGCAGUUGCGGUCGUCAGUCUACGAAAUUGAGGUUCGCCAGGGCACAUACUACGAUGAGAUCCUUCAAAUCCUGAUGACUUGCCCGGCAUUGGAGCAUCUUCUUGUUGGACCUUACCCAGUCAACGGCAAGACGAUCGCAGCGCAGGAAACCGACUGGGUUGCCACUCGACUUCGUACUUUUCACCUUUGCGUUGAGUUUGAUGCGCCCUUGGCUCUGAGCGAGGGUUUGGCGAAGGAGGAGGUUCGACAGGUUCAAACCAAGGUCUGUCAGCAGCUGGGACGACUUUCCCGACUAGAGACGUUGACAUUGGGAGGUGGGCGCCCAGUGUCGACCAACAGUGCUGGGGACCGAGUGAUGGAUUCAGCCAACAUUUUUGGAGGCUACACCCGAGGAAUCGCGAGACCGGGAUCGAGCGAGACACCUCGAAAGUACAUUGAUCUGAAGCUCUCCUCUGGAUUGGAGCAUCUGGCAGGACUAGAGGCGCUCGAGACCUUGGAUGUUGUGUUUUUGGGACCGCAUGGUUUGCGUCAGGAAGCCGAGUUGGAGUGGAUGAUGACGCAUUGGCCAAAGCUGCAUAUGAUCACAGGCUUUUGGGAUCGAGCUAAACUGAGGGCAUCUGUUCGAAAGUAUCGCGAGGACCUCAAGGUACCCGUUAAUACACCCGCUACUGGACCGGCGGCUUACUUUGCCAAGAGGCGACGAGAGCAAGGAGUUCGUCUGAGACCCGAGUUGGAGCUGUCGAUUGAUCCCAAGGUUCUGCGGUUGAACAAUCGAAUGGUCCAUGUCGAUGCUCGCCUGUUGGAUGAUCUGCUUAUGGAGGAAGGGAUGGAGACGACUGCAAUUAUGCAGGAGAGCGGGAUCCACAAGAUGUAUACUCCUGCGGCUCGAAAGGCAAUCGCGGCCAGGAAGGCUGAGAAGGCUAAGGCUGCUGCUGCUGCUGCUGCUGUCGAGAUGAAGUAUGGGGCAGAGGAUGAGGAUGAGGAUGAGCCUUUGGAUGAUGACGGUGAUGAGGAGUACACUGAUGUUUCAGACGGGGAUGAGGAUCAGGACGAUGGCGAGAGUGAUAGUGAAGAGGAUGUACCAGGAGUUACUCGAUUUAACUGGUAUGUCCGGUACAUUGGCGGAGCAGGGCAUGCGCCAUGGGAUGCUGGUCACGGCGGUAUCCGUAACGGCGAGCUGAUGACUGAGGUGAUGCGGCCUCGUGAGGGCGGUCGCUCGCCUUCACCCUUAGGCACCUGGUAUUAA